UCAGAGAGUCUCUGGCUUCGAUUCAGUGAACACGUCCGACCACCGAGUGUGCGCGGCCCUCGCUGAAUAUGGAUUGUCUCGUUGGACGCAGCGCCAGUUUUCGUGUCGUGCGAUGAUCGACGGCGCUUGGCGCGAGUGACCAACAGCCAUGGCCCUGCGGUGCUCUUUUCUGCACAACCUUCGGACACUGCGGACGGCGCGAGUCGCCGUCCUCGUGAUUUUCGCGUGCCUGGUCGCGCGGACCGCGUCCGAAACCGUGACCGCCGACGAGUGCGACUGGACGGGAAGUGGUCCAUCGGAGUCUGGCGUGACCUCCGUUUAUCUGCGCUGCACUGAGGGCAGGGUGACUUGGAAACACCCCCGAGGCGCCCUGCUUGUGCUCCUGCGCCUCCCCAACCCCGUGUCCGCGGCCGCCCAGUUCAGGGCGUGCGUGCGGCCGCUCAAGGGCAGCGGCGGCACCACCAUUUGGCUGCAGAAGAGGGCUAGUCUGAAGAAAAUGUUCCCGGAGGUCAGGGUCAAAAGGGGCGUGGCGCCACCCCUGGAGUGCGCCCUCUCCGAAAACGGGCAGGUGGCGCUGUUCGUCGAGACGGAGGCCGGCGCGCCCGACACUGAUCUCAGCUUUCAGUACCACCUCGAGCAACUGCCUUCCAGCGGCAGGUUCGACCCUGAAAAAGAGUGCAAACCGUGUUCAGAGGAGGAACUGGCAACAGCUUUCUGCACAAGCGACCUAGUCGCCAGAGGUCGCAUUGUGAAAACGGCCGAGAACUUCGUGCUGAAGCAAACGACGCUGUCGGUGCGCGCGACCAAGACCCUGCGCACCCUGCAAGGUGACGACGAGUUGGAAAACUCAAUUCAAGCGCCCGUCGACGACAAAACCUUCCACGUGGUCGUCGGGCAACACUGCGACGCUCGGCAGGGCGACGGCGAGUUCGUCUUCAUGGCGAGACGAAAACUCGGCGACCUGACGCUGACCUGCGCGCCCAGGUUGGAGGAUUGGGUCAGGUUGUCGCGACGGCUGAACAGGGUAGGCGCCUCCGAGUGCAUCCUGACCGCGUAGAAGUGCAAAAAUAAACAAUUUGGUGAAGAAAAAGAACAGGACUUGUGUACAAAUAUAAUGAAUUGAACUGAAUUUUUAUACAUUCAUCUUCCUAUCAGUUGAAGCGAUCAUGAUUUUAAUUAUUGUUUGUUGUUUAAUUGUUUAUCGACAUAAGAAUCCACAAUUAGAUCUUGCGUGUUUGUGUGAAAAGCGUUUAAUUAUUGCGACUUAUUGAAAAAGGAUCUUGAUUUCGAUAUAUUUAGUCAUUCGAACGAUUUGUUUUUAGUGAUCUCGUCAUACUUUGCCCAUUUCACAGAUCAGUGCGUUCUUUUUUUUACUUUGUACAUAUUAAUUAAUAAUUAUGCAAGUCAAGCAAGCUCAGAUUUGAGUACGAAAAGGCCCAAAAGUGCAAUCAGUAUAAUUUUGUUUCUGUAACGCGCGAAUUUCGUCUGCGGCACACGUGUGAGAGAGUUUUUUUUUUAUGAAUGUUGUGUUUGUAUACGAAAGAAGUGCCAACAUGUGUGAAAGAGUGUAAAAUUUUAUAUUCCCGUGUAAAACACCGCAGAGAGCUGGGAACUCGCUCGUCCUCGCAAUGUGCUGCACGUCUCGGAAAGUUCAUUGCCGCCCUCGGCCCCAAAGAGUUAUUCUAGAAAAACAAACAGAAAGUUUACGGUUUUCCUUGAGAAGGAGUUUUAGCAUCUUGGUGCAAAUCAAAAUUUAUUCAGACACGAAAAACUCUUCUUCGGUCCUUCGGCUUUGAUACGACGAAAGACGUGCCAGCAUUUUAAUUUUUAAUUUAGAAUUAUAGUUAAUCUCGCCAGGGAAUCGAUUGCCUUUUAUAUUUUUAAGUUCGAAUCAGAUAUUUUGAUUUCAAAAGUAGGAUGCGAUCAUCCAAAUUUUAAAAUUAUUUUGAGCACUAAGGGGAGAAAUUGCCUAAACCUUUAUUAAUUAAGUUUUUUAAUUAACUUUUAAUCUUUUUUUAACCUUCAAACCAUUCCUGCUGUACAUUUGAUUUUCCAUCAGUAUCAUUCCAUUCAAAAUUUCGUGUCAUUUUCCGGUAAGGAGCAUUCGUGAAUUCCGGUGCCAAAACUUUUUAAUUUUGAAUUCUUUGCCCCUCGUAAAUGAACUAUUAAUGUAAGUUUCAAUGCAAUAAUAAUUAGGUUUAAUUGUAAAAAGAACGCACUGAACUGGGAAAAUGUUGUGAAAAAAUAGAGUUGAUUUCUCGAGACUCUGAUCUCCAUCCAAGUGCAAUCAAGUGUGGUGCGAAUAAUUCACUGCUGCUCUCGUAAUUACACUUUUGAAAAGAAAGUUGGACAGAUACAAUAAAUAUUGACCCAGCAAGCACGCCUUGUGGCGUUAUAAUAAAUUUAUUGCACACAAAGCAAAGUGAAAGGUUGCUCCGUUACUUUAGAUUCCCACAAGCCAUUAUUUUUCAUCUCCGAGAGCUCAAAUUGCCCCUCACCUCUUUUCCAAAGCACAAUGCGAAAUAAAUUUGACUCUUGAUUUGCCACGGGCGAAACUGAAAAUUGCUCUUCGUGAGUUGAAAUUUGCUGUAUGACAAAUUGAGCGUUGGACGUUUUUCAAACACACUUUGUUUGUUAUUGCGCCUGUCGCUACUUUCAUGAAUCAUUCAUGCCUUUUGCGCAACGAGAAAAAAAAGGCAGAGGAGCUUCUGCGGACAUGUGUGCAAUUUAACAACUUGCACAAGAAGAUUGCACGCGGCUGAAUUUAUUGCGCCACACUCGUCGGAAAUGUUUGUUCUUCAAAAUGUGAUUUUGUGUCGCUUGUUUUGUAUAAAACGCAUCGUGCGAAAGUUGUUGCUAAAUAAAAACCUUUUGUCAAAGUGGAAUGAAUGUGUAAAAGUACGAUCUAAUUGUUUCUUGUGUGCCAUCUGUGAUAAAUUUGAUUAAUGAAAAAUGACUAUCAAAAUGCUUGUAAAAUGCACAUAAUAAUAAAUGCCAUUCAAUU